GCUCAGGACGAAGUUGAGGAAAGUUUCGAUUUAUAUGGGGACUUGGAGGAAGAUAAUGCUGAGGAGAAAGCUGGAAGAGAUGAUGAAUCUGGUUUCUUGCCAGAAGACACCGAUAUGUCCAGCAUUCCUGUCAACACAGAUGUAAAAGAUUCUAAAUCGCCUGGGCAACAUACUGGAAGUUCUGCGAAGAAUCAACUAGAUUCUGGUCCCAAAGGCCCCUGCUCUGUCACAGUGAACAAAUUAAAUUGGUGGACCAGCGAUGCAGAACUCGAAACGUUUUUCGCGGAAUGUGGCAAAAUAAGGAAGAUAAGGUUCGAGGAGGACAAGGCUUGUGGAAAAUCCAAGGGCAUAGCUCACAUCGAGUUCGUCGACAGGUUUCGUCUUAUUUGA